UGAUAUUAAGGUUAAAUGAAUGAUUGAAAAUUACCGCAGAAUGCAAUUAACAUUACAAUGUGAUUAGUUCUGCCUUCAACGGUGGAAAAAAUAGAAAUACAAUUAACUGGCCGCCCAUAGCAAAUAUGUUACAAAGUAUUUAGGUUUGGAGCGAGUGAUAAUCAGAGAGUGGAAUGACGGAUUUUCUUCAUAAUUAAAGCAAUUAACUGUUUCGUGGUUCGUGUGUCUUAUUUAAAUCCGAAAAAAGUGACAAUUGAACAAGACCAAAGUCGUCGUCCGAAACAAAAUGUUGUGCAGUGUUUAUCUAUUUCUCGGGUCUAACCAAACAUCCGAUGGAUCAUUAUCAUUAUCUUGAGUCUUAAUUCCCACUCCUCGUAAAAACUUUCCGUUUGAUCUGUUUCUGACUGCCGAUGCCAGACCUUCUGACUAGUACAAGCAAUACAAAGUUUACUUACAUAAAUAUGCAAAUUAAAAUAGCAUCAUCGUGCAAUGACAUCAAAAUAGAUGCCGGCCACCCCACCUAUAGAUUAUAGAUGUCUGGCAGUCUAACGACCCAGUAGUAGAGAAAAACAUAGAGUACUUUUUUGCAAAAUGAACUUUCUAAGGGAGUAAAAAUUACCCGGCUGUCCCUCUAAAGUGCACAAAUAUCUGACCUAAUCGAAACGAAAAAUGGGACCGAUGGACAGCGGAUCCGCUGCAGUGGCAGCUCUGAUGCUGGCCAAUAAAACCCUGCAGGCCGCUGUUCUGACGCAGAAUGCGACGUCCGGCAAUGGAACCUCUGGUGACGACGAUCAGCCGACGAUUUCGAUGGACAACCUUUAUCCGGCCCUGGUGCAGUGUUUUGCCAUCAUCAUUUGUGGAUACCUGGCUGGACGCCUGAAUAUAAUCACCAACACCGAAGCCAAGGGCUUGAACACCUUCGUUGGGACAUUCGCGCUACCCUCGGUAAUCUUUCUCUCGCUAGCCCAGCUAGAUUGGAGCACCGUGAACUGGAACUUCCUGCUCUCGAUACUGAUCUCGAAAACCAUCGUAUUCCUAUCGGUUGGUAUCAUCUCGCUGUUGGUAGCGCGGCCUAUCAACUAUGGUCGUGCCGGACUGCUGGCCAUCUUCUGCACCCAGAGCAAUGAUUUCGCAAUUGGGUUCCCAAUUGUUACGGCGCUAUACUCAAAAAUUCAUCCGGAGUAUGCAUCCUACAUAUAUCUUAUGGCUCCAAUUUCGUUAGCCAUCCUAAACCCCAUUGGAUACGUUUUGAUGGAGAUAUCAAAAAUCAAAGCAAAAGCAGCAGAAGAACAGCCUCAACAAACCCGUCGAUCAUCGAUACCCCCAUGCUCGCAGCUAUCGGACACGGAUGCCUCAAGUCGUAAGCUUUUGAAAGGCAAGGUCCUGGUCGUGGUCAAAAUCAUCGAAUCGAUCUUCUUGAAUCCGGUACUGUUGAUGACCCUACUGGGCGUGAUCGGGGGACGCAUUUUCCCCAACGGGUUGCCCAUUUUCCUCUCGUCGAUCCUCAAGGUGCUAGGAGAUUCUUUCUCUGCGACCUCACUGUUCCUGCUAGGCCUCAGAAUGGUCGGCAAUGCCGCAGCUCUCCAAGGUCCAGGAUUCAUUCUACCGGGCAUAUUGAUCAUCGUAAAGCUGCUGGUACUUCCUCUGGUCACUCGACAAACCGUGAACAUCAUCAAUGCCGGUGCUAACUUCAGCGAAACGACUGACCUGAGUACCUUUGGAUUUCUGUACGGAACAUUUCCGGCGGCUCCGGGAGUUUUUGUCAUCGCCUCACAGUACAAUCAAGACGUGGAUCUGGUGGCCAGCAGCAUGGUGGCCUCAACCUUUAUCAGUGCUCCUCUAAUGUUUAUAUCGGCCAAGAUGAUCACCAUUACGAAUUUGAAUCCUUCGGACUAUUUGAACGAACUGGACAAGUUCGCGUUUGACAUCAGCAUUGUGGCGAUUAUUUGUUCGGUUUGGAUGCUGGUUUUGUUCAUGCUGACUCGCCGAGUGAAGAAGAUGCCUCACAGAAUUACCAGUUGUUUAAUUAUAUCGCAACUGAUCUGCAACAUCGGUGUUAUCAUGUGGUCAUCUUUUGAUCAGAACAGCGGCUGGAAGAUGUAUCUGCAGUUCUAUUUCUUCACGAUUGGAUGCUACAGUAGCCGGCUCUGGACUGCUUUCUUGGCAAUAACAAUUCUGUUUCUACAGUGCCGCAGUCUUUGCUUCGUGCUGAAGUUAUGGCCAUUAUUUAUUGCCGCAGCUUGGGGACUGCCAACGUUGAUCGUGUCUCUGCUGUUUCUCCUCGACACCAAGAACAUCACUCCUACCGAAAAGCGUAACCCUAGCUUCCAAUACGGCAAUGCCCAGGCCGCGAUUGCCGUGUUUCUACUGGUGAUGUGCUUCAUCGUAACCGUCGGCUGUUUGAUUCUGCAUCAGCGAUUCAAGAAACGCCACGAGCGCUAUCUAAGUCUAUCGAGGGAAGUCUCCUCGCCCGAUACGGAAUCCAGCACGGUGGGGUCCAGUUCAGUGACCAACCUGAUCCAACAGGAAUCCUCCAUUAACGGUGGCGUUCAUAGGAGGCGCCACUCUUUGACCUCGAGCGAUGAUGAGAUUCUUCGCGGUAGAGAGUCCGGCUGUGAAGGCAACGGUGAUGGCAAUGGAUGUUGUAGCGCCAGAAGCGGAACAACGAGUCCCCGCACCGUUGUAGAUAUCGAAGAUCUUAUCAUUCAAAGAAGUUUGAAUAAUGACAUUGAAAACGAUGAGUCGGAAUCUCCCAACGGUAUGUGUUCGGCACAGUUCAACUGUCCAUCGGCGGGUAAGCAACAGUGCCAAUCCCUGAUCGAUCGCUACCGAGAACAAUCCCGUGACGGUUUGGAGCCCCUUGAAAUCGACAAAACCGGCGAUGAACACCAAACGCUCAAACACAUGGUCCUACUGAUUCUGUUGCUCUGUUCAAUGUUCGUCGGCCUAGCUCUGUCCGUAUGGACCCUGGUCAUGGAAGGUAUGUCCGGCAUCUACGUGGAGUUAACUUUUUUGGAUGCAUUUCUCAACUUCGGACAGAGCAUCAUCGUACUGGCCGUAUUUAUCACCGACACCGGUGAGCUCUUACUACCGUUGAUGAAAUUUUGGCGCAAGAUUUGGUACGGCGCAAACUUGCUACAGCUACCGAUUUGGAAAGAGAUAAGCGCCGAAACACGACACGUCUGCGAUCAGUUUAUAACCCAUCAUCUGGACAACUGUCGUAAGGCCAUUGCCAAGGAUAAAAGAUGGCGCAUUAAAAUCUAUCGAAAGGUCUUCUACGGAAAUGCCUUCGUCGACUGGUUGCUAGAGGUGGGUUUGGCGAAAGAUCGCUCCGAUGCAACGCUCUACGCUCGCCGGCUGGUCGAUGGUCGAGUUCUAAGGCACAUCAACAAUGUAUACCACUUUCACGAUCGCACCCUGCUCUACACCUUUUGUGAUCGCUUGUAGACAACAACAGCAACAACACCCCUCUAGAAAGGUCUAUCGAGAGUUAAACGUGAUCAACGCACUCUAGAAGCAACAACAAAAAAACGGAAGAGUAUCGAAUGAUUUCAGAUGUUUUUUAUGAUUUCGCUGCUCGUUCGACCUUUUUACAUCUGCACGCGGACAAUGAUAUUAACAACUUUCCAGAACGAUAGCAUAGAACAGCCAGCCGCCAGUAUUUUCUAGGAUAGAUGUUAUAUUGUCGUUUGCUAUCUUUUAAAGGUUAAUUUACCUACUAGGUACUAGUUCAUCCUUUCAGAAAGGAUCCCCCGUUGGACUGAAAAGCAGAUUGCAGAGUGCUAAUAGAGCUCAAAGAGUUUUUAAGUUUUCUUCAGUUGUCUUUUUCAGUUACACAAACAUGGAAUCGUUACCAAAAGACAUUUUUGUUACGUGAUGUAGAAAUUUAUUGUAAAGAUUUUUAGGCGUUGAUUUUCCUAUAUGUUACAGAUAGGUAAUAGUUUUUUUAGAAUGCAAAAAAAAAUGCAAUUAAAUGCAUAUUAACUUAAGUAUUUAUUAUUUGCUAAAAUUAGGCGUUUAGUUUAACAUGAUUCGAGAUCUUUUAGUUUAAAACUAGUUCAAACCGUCGUUAAGAUUAAGACAGAGGGUGUUAAGAAAUUGGACCAAGAGAAUGUGAUCGAAUGGAAAUGGCUUUUCGAGGCCCGGCCUGGAUGCGCUAACUAAUUGUACAGCUGCUUUUUGUGCAAAGCUUGCCUAAAGGUUCUCAAUAAUUAACCGUAAUAUGUAGAUGAACUAUUGUAUUUUUAUCAAAUAUAAAUAUGAGCAUACAA